AUGUCUGGCGAGAAAGGUCAAACCACACCCCCGGCCGAGGGCGCGCCGCCUGCCGUUGAGACCAAGGAGGACGCGACCAAGAAAGACACUGCCGAUGCCGAGAUGAAGGAUGCUCCUGCCACCGAAGCCAAGGCCGUCGCCGAGUCUGGGGCUGAGCCUGCCGCUGCGGAACCGAAGAAAGACUCUGAAGCAUCCGCCGAGAAGCCCGCCGAGCAAAACGAAGACAAGUCCGACGUCGAGAUGGCAGACGCUGCCGCCCCAUCCGAGCCUGCGCCGCAGGCUGCCGACGCCGGCGAACCCGCAGAGGCAGAGCAAGCCGAUCAAUCCGCCGCCGGUGGAGAGGCCGAUAAGUCCAAGUCACGGCGCAAGUCAAUUGGCGGUGGUGCCGCGAAGGGCAAGAAGCUGAACAAGAAGGCGUCGAAGCCGCGCAUGCUGAACCUGGAUGCGGAGCCCGGUGACCAUUAUUUCGUCAAGCUCAAGGGGUUCCCGCAAUGGCCCGUCAUCAUCUGCGACGAGGACAUGCUGCCGGCAUCGCUGCUGAAGUCGCGACCCGUCACGGCAAAGCGCGCCGAUGGCACCUACCGCGAGGACUACGCCGACGGGGGCAAGAAUAUCGCCGACCGGACAUUCCCGGUCAUGUACCUCCACACAAACGAAUUCGGCUGGGUGCCGAAUACCGAGUUGAUCAAGCUUGAUCCCGAGACGGUCCUGGACGCCAAAUUGGACAAGAUGAGGAAGACGCUGCAGGCUGCGCAUCACCUGGCGUCAGAGAACCACCCUCUGUCAUACUACAAGGAGGUGCUCCAGAACUACCAGGAAGAGCUCAUCGAGCAGGAGAAAGCCAAGGCGGCUAAGGCGGCGACACCCAAGGGCAAGAAGUCCAAGGCUGUCAGCGAGGAUGGCGACGAUGUGGAUAUGGAGGAUGCCCCCGAGGUUGACGAAACGCCGGCCAAGGAUAAGAAGGCUAAGAAGAGGAAGGCUGAAGACAGCGCCGAAACACCGCGGCGUUCGGAUUCGGUCAAGAAGCCCAAGAUCAAGCUCACAACGAGCGCGACGCCCAAAGCAGCCAAUGGCGCGACGGCUACGCCGAAAUCGACCAAGGCGACCGACUCCAAGAGCGCAAAGUCCAAGUCAAAGAAGAAGGACGCGGAUGAUAAGAAGGCGGAGGAGGCGGCAGCUGCUAAGGAGCCGGAGCUCUCGGCCGAGGAUAAGCACGUCAGGAAGUCGAAAGAGGUUCUGUUCCUCAGGCACAAGAUCCAGAAGGGUCUGCUUACGAGGGAUCAAGAGCCCAAGGAGGACGAGAUGAAGUUGAUGUCGGACUACGUCACCAAGCUCGAGGGGUUCCCCGACCUGGAAGUCAGCAUCAUCCGGUCGACCAAAAUCAACAAGGUGCUCAAGGCGAUCCUGAAGCUGGACAACAUCCCCAAAGAGGACGAGUUCAAUUUCAAGUCGCGCUCGCAGGUCCUGCUAGACAAGUGGAAUAAGUUGCUGGCUGUCGACGGGACCCCGACUGCGGAGGUGAAUGGCACUUCCAAGGCGCCUGCAAAGGCCAACGGCGUCAACAAGAAGAGCGAGGCGGCCAAGGAGGCCGAGGAGGCGCCCAAAGACGACGCCAAGGAUGAGUCCAAGGAGGCAGCUAAAUCUGACGAGGCUGCGUCCGAGGCUGCUGAGGAGAAGCCGGCUACUGAAGAGAAGGCCGCUGAGGCUGUCGAGGCAUCCGCAUAG